AUGAGCAUUUUGUCGAGCGAUAAGGCAAACAACGCCGGUGGAAAGGCGGUACUUGCUCAGAACUUCCCAGCUUCCUGGGUCGUCCCUGCAGCUUUGGAGGUCCUGCCUCAGAAGGUGCAAAGUUUGCUGCAGCGCCUGGGACCGUUAGAAGGGCCUCCAGUGAUUUCACAAGGACAGAACGGUCUGCAGGCGCUAGCUCGAUUUCAGAAUGCCAGUGAUGCCAGGGCUGCCGUCCAGACGCUGCAUGGGUUUGACAUGCGGUCGGCUUCCGAGAAGCAGACGGCCAAUCACGAGGCUCCAAAACAGAGCGAAUGCUUCAGCCUCCGAAUAGCAGAUGAUUCAGGUGGACCUCCAAAGAUGGCGCGGAAAAGGAGGGUGAAGGCCAACGGCAUCUUUCUAUGGCCCUUGCCGGAUAGCUGGGCAGAGAAGGAUGUCGAGCUUCUGGCCUCGCCUUAUGGCACGGUGCAGAGAACCCGAGUGGAAGGUAUGCCAAGUGGUCAGAAGGGCAUGGGCCUUAUCAACUCAUGCAGAUUAUAG